UUACAAGUCAGCGACAAACGAAGCUACUUUACAAACAUAAAUGUGGCGCAAAUGUUUGAUUUUAUGUGAAAUAAGGACACAUUUUAGCUGUCGGUGCCGUCAGCCCACAGUCUGACAUUUUCAGCGACUUCUCAAGGUUGUUCUGACCCCGUUUUUGAGUCUCGGUCCAUCGUAGUUGUCCCCAGAUCUUUGAAAAUCAUGGAGAAAGUGGGAGCAUAUGAGGUGGUGAAGGAUGAUGUGGAGGUCAGCUACAAUCAAAUAGAAGCAUCCACUCCAAAAAAGAGGAAGAGCAAAUCUCAAGAAGACACUGUUGAAAAACCCAAGAAGCCGCGGUCUGCCUAUCUGUUAUACUACUUUGAUGUUCACCAGACAACCCAACAGGAAGUACCUAAUCUGCCACAGUCUGAGAUCAACAAGCGAAUCAGUGAGAGCUGGAAAAGGCUUAGUGUGGCUGAGAAAGCCUACUACCUGGAGAAGGCCAAGUUUGAGAAGGAGGGCAUAGAUACUUCCUCAGUCAGCCCCUCAAAUGACCUGCCAGGCUUCCGCAAGAUCCUCCCCAGAGCCAGCUAUGUUCUCUUGUCCAAAAGCUGUCAGUCAGAGGUGAGCGUGGAGUCUCUGGACCCUCCAGCAGAAGGAGGCUUGUCCUCCGUCUCCCACACCCAAGAACCCCACUUCACUCAUCUAGGGGUGGCUGGUGAGGUGGAACUUUCUGAUUUGCCCAUCGUUGAUGACGAAGUAGCAGAGGAAACAGCGACGGUGUCUGGCCCCACAACUGUUCAAGGAAUCCCAUCUCCUGUUUCGGUCUCUGUCACUUCCAAAACCCCUGCUUCCACAGAUGCCCAGUUCUCUACUGAUCUUAGAGCAAAUGGGGUCACACUGAAAGAAAUUCAGACAAGAGCUGCUGGUAGUAGUUAUGGUUGGGCGAUGGUGCAGCAUGUACAUAGAGAACCUACUCAGAUGGUUGCCAUCAUACCCUCCCAGAACCUGUUAGAGACAGCUGUGAACUCUUUGGGCCCUCUGAUGAUGCUGUCUGUAGGAGCCAAAGUAGAACAAAGUGCCAAACCUUCAUAUAAAAUGUCUGUGAAGACUUACACCAGGAGAGGUCGAGGGAGGUGUCUAAAUCCUAAAUGUUCAUUUGUGUACGUCACCCGCCACAAGCCACCUACGUGCCCUGAAUGUGGGAGCCGUUUGGGGGGGAAAUGGAUUCCUGCUGCAAAGAAAACGAAAGAGAAAGCAGCAGCAUCAAAGAAGUUUUCACAGAAAGCUGAAACCAAGCCUGAAGAAAGCUGCCAGCCCACACAACUCCCUGCUCAAGGGGAGAAUGCUGAUGUUGGUAAAACAAACACCAGUGGGAGCAAAAAGCAAGCUCAAACUCAGCCGUGCUCCAGGAAGCAGUGUGCAGUUCCAGUCAAAACACCACCAGAGGGCAGAAGCACCACGCAACAGGAAGAAACCAAACAACUGAAAGAUGGUCUUAAAGGCACCACAGUUCAAGGUCAAGACAGAAGCAAUGUCACUGUUCAGAAGAGGCCUGUGAGGCCAAUCCUCCCUGCCUAUUAUAACACAGGCAGUGCCUUGUUACAGAUCAUAACUGUCCCACCUGACAAAGGAAAAUAUCAGACUGCAAACACCAACAAAUCAUCAUCUGCUUCCAGGGAGAGUUUCUCAGGUCUCAAACCCAGCACUUUGAAGCAGCUCGGCCAGACGGUCCCAACAGCCUCACUCAAGCAGGAUUUUGCAGCCUCAGCAGAUGGAGGCCAGACUGUGUCCUCACUGACAGAUGGGAGGAUGAAUUUACUGUCAGUGGUGCCUUUCAAGGAGCGCACUGUCUCUAAAUUUGACUUGGGACUAUCCACAGCGCGAGGCAGGGGUCGGUGUAAAAAUCUGUCCUGUGAUUUUAUGUACAAGAACAGACAUAAACCCGCUGUGUGCCCCAAAUGCGGUUGUGAGCUAACACAGAAGAACACCAAGGGGGCAAAGACUGGGACUCUACUAGAUCCAUAUCAGCCUCUAAGUCCUGCUCAGAAGGACGUCCAGCGACAAAAUACACUGCAGCUACUGCGCCGGUCGGUGCAGAUUCCUGAAAGUGAGUCUGAGCUUCAGGAAACGUUGAACCACAUCCACGAGCUCAAUGGUCUCCAGAUCAUCUUGAUUCAACCAGGGCACCAGGAACAUGAAGACAGUGUAGGGACGGAGACACUGGUCGAGACUGGGUGGCCUCAGUUCUAUGAAUCAGCAGCUUCUCACUGUGGCUUGUGUAACUACCCACUUUUCAAAGGAGGUCAGAGCACCGUUGCAGGACAGAUGGACUGCUGGCUCCUGACUGAGACACUGAUUCAGACAGCUUCUAUCCAGCUCAAAGUGUGUCUCAACGUUCAGUGUCUAGCUCUGCACAGCUUUACCGACCUGCAUCCAGGUUUGUUCAACAUUGGGAAUAAACUUUUGGUGAGCAUUGACCUGUUCCUGAAGAUUAGAGAAAAUAUCAAACUGGGUCACGCUCCCCCUCAGGCCGCCAGGACGACUCUAGACCACAUCCACAAUCAUUCAGUCCAUGCAUUGAGCCCAGAGGAGUUCUCUCAAAUCCAGGAGCUCCUCCUGAGCGGUUACUGGGCCUUUGAAUGUCUGACAAUGCGGGAUUACAACGAUAUGAUCUGUGGGAUUUGUGGUGUCGCUCCCAAGCUGGAGAUAGCGCAACGAUAUGCAAACAACGUGCUGGAGCUCAAGAAUGUGGAGUUUACUUGGCCUGAGUAUUCAGUCUCUGAUGAGGUCCACGUGGAUGAAUUCUGGCUCACCAUGGAGAGUGAGGCCCUCGAGCAGGCAGCUUUCCCCACUGAUAUCCCCAUCACACGUGUGGACGCUUCCAUCAUUGCCCCCUUCAUCCCCCCUCUGAUGAGGAGUCCCACCGUUAUCAACACAGAGAAAGACAAAGCCUUGUCACACACACAGUCGCCCUCAGGAGAUCCAUCCGUUUUGGUGCGUUUCAUUCACGAUGGGCAGCUGAGGCUGGACAAGAUUGAGGAUCACAGCGAGGAUGAGCUGAGAGCAAUUCUGGACAGCUGCGGGGCGAACAUCAUCCCGGGCUCCUCUAAGAAUGAGCUCCUGGCUUCACUGGUCUCCUUGUACAGGCUUGUUCAUACUGGCAUCUCCACCGCACCACAGCCUCCCCCACAACUCACUGCUGGUAAACUGUCAAAGGUCUGCCCACACAAGGUGGUGUGCGGCUCCAAGUACCUGGUGAAAGGAGAGACGGCUCGGGAUCACGUCGACCUGCUGCUGUCCUCGCGCUACUGGCCGCCAGUCUAUGUCAGCGAUUGUGCCAAGCAGGUGGCGCUCUGUACUGACUUACAGUAUCCGGAGCUGGCAACACUGAUGUGGGGCAGAAACCAAGGCUGCUUCUGUGACCCCUUUGAAAAACCAGAGUUUGUGUCCUGCGCUGAGCUACAGGACCAGCCGUACAGCGCUGACCUUUGUUUGGUAGCAGAGAACCAGCAGGUUCAUCCCAUCACCAAGUCUUCGUCUCGCUGGCUGGUUAAUCCGCCUGGAGCAGAGCAGCCUGUGGACCCUCUCGCUCCAGAACACCGCUCAUUGUCCCUCUGCAGAGACCUGGAGCCCUACGUCAGCCUGGUGGCUGAGCUGGAGAAAGAGAAGGAAGAGGAGGAACAGACGGAUAAAGAAUGCACGGAGGAAUCAGAGGACUGUUCCUCUGUGAGCUCUGCACGGUGGAAACCCAUGGUUUUUAACAACACAGCCUAUUACUACCUGUACAACCGCCUGGUAGAUUUCCUCACCAGCAGGGACGUCGUGAACCAGCAGAUCAACCAAGUGGUGAAGGUGUGUCAGCCUGGAGAGGUGGUGAUCAGGGACGCUCUGUACCGGUUAGGAGUGGCAAAGAUUAAGCAAGAAGAAGGAGAAGGAUAUGGAACUGAGGGACAGACACAAGAGGGAGAAACAGAGAUCUAUGAGGUCGUUAUGUCGUAAUAACGUUAGUGAGGAUGCAUAAAACAGCGUAUGGGUUAGCAUAUGGAUAGACUUGUGUGUAAAAGUGGCCGUAAGCAAAGAGAUGGAGUGCAGACUGAGUGCUGCUAGAGGGCCCAGAAGACUGAAAGAGACACAACUCGAACCUCAAGAAUAACUUCGGUAGCAGAAAUUAUGAGAGAAUAUUUUAUUGUUAGUCGUCGACAAACCUUCUUCAUCACAACACUGCCGACGGCUUUUACUCGUGUGAAGCAAAAGACUAAAAUGUUGAAGAAAAAUUCACAUAACAUGAUAUUUAUUUUUUCAGUAAGUCGGUUAAAUACGUGGUCAUGGAGAACAUCAAUGAGCAGACCCAAAUAUUUUUGGAACGGUUCAAUAAAGUGUAUGCAAAUGUGAUUGAAAGAAUGAAAACGAUUAGUUCAUAACUAAGUUAUACAGUACAAUGUCACCAUCAGGAAAAGUUGCGGUUUAGUAUUUAUUGCUAUUUUAUAUUGAGAGACAUUUUUUUUUACCUCUGAUCCUUUUGGAUGGUGAUGAUGGAAUAUUAAUGUGAUGAGGAACCUUGUGGCCUUUUGUUUUAUUUAGCGUCAUCCUCUCUGAGUAGAUGUAUUCAAGGACUCUGUCGGUCUGUUGUCUUGGCUCAUGCCUGUGAACCAUAAACUGAAUUUGGACAUUUUCCUACAACUGUCUGUUGGAGAUGUAUUUGAGAAUACAGAUGUCUAAAUUAAGUCCUGUGCUUGAUCGAGGCUCCACUCUUCACCUUCCUCAAAGCAUCUGAUCCGACUAAGUUCUAGACAUUAUCCAGAUCUUCAUAUCUGAGAGCAUCUGUAAAGAUAGAGGAUUGAUGUCCUGUGAAAUCAUGUCCUGCUUUAGUGUUUUGUGUUUUGCACGUCGACCUGCUGCUGCCGUCGCACUACUCACCGCAGCUCACAGGUUGUGACGGGAAGUGGCAGGUCAAUUUCAUGACGGCCAUAAACCUAAACACAAGAGCGUUUCCUCCUCAUAUCUUGAGCCAAACUACCAACAGUAGUUACUAUCAUUGCUUUAUCAGUCAUGUGAGGCAUUAGAUGCGACUGAUGUCACGGUUGUCUUGAGCGCCGUGGAGCGAAAAGGCUGCCGAUUGUGUAAACGAAGACGACGGACCGCAUCUUGGUCAUUAAAACUUGAGAAUACACAUAAAAUAUUUAUUUUAUGAAGCUCAUAAUGAUUGUCCCGCCAUCGUUACACACUGUGUAGCAGUGUGGCCCCCGUGCUUUUUUUUUCAUGAUCUCAUGUUGUUUCUUCUAACUUUGGACUCCCUAGUAUAAUUUAUUUGUAGACCAAAAUAUCACAUUGACUCUAAUUGUGGGUUCUUUAUUUUUUCCUCAAGCAAAGUCAUCAGGAGCUAUGAAUAAACAGAUUGUGUGAAAAUUUAAAUCCCA